AUGAACCCCUACUUGUCUCACAUGGAAACAACAAAUACUGCUCUCUACGGCAGCACUGGUACCAAGCCGUACUGGGAGUCGCCUAUACCUGGUCGGCAGCCUCCGGUCGAUGCGCCUUCUUCUUUGCCGGCCAUGAUGCAUACCAUGCAUUUGCACGAGCCCAGCACCAUGCGUGCGCCGGACUGGUCUCCGGAUACACAGCAAUGGAUUUAUCUGGACCCAAAUGGGUACAUGCAGGGACCGUUUACGGGCACCGCGAUGCAGGCAUGGUAUGAACAGCAGUACUUGUACGCGGAUCUAUUAAUACGCCGCGAAGAAGACACGCAGUUCAAGCCAUUGCAGAUAAUGUUGGCGGAGAUUGGCGAUGCCGCUAUGCCGUUCUUGGUCCCGCCACACCGCUACUUGGCGCGCAGGGAUCCGCCCUUGCCCAUGGCGCGCAACAAACCCGAGCUGGACGUCCAAGCUGGAGCUGCCUCCCCGUCUGUUUCGUCCUUGCGUGGCAUUGCGAGCCCAACUCAGGGCAUACAGACUCCUGUAUCCACACAGCAAGAGGCACCGGCAUCGCCCAACGAGCCGGAGCCUGCGCUCGCGUCGAAUCUGACUGCACAGGAUAUUGCGACGGCCAUGCGUGUCCUGACGCAACUGCGGUCGAUGAUGCCCAUGAAAGGCGCGAACGAAUCACAGAUUACGCACAUGAUGGAACAGGCGCUGUCUGCUGCGAUGCCACAUGCGAACGCAGCAGGGAUCAUUGAGAUGCAGGAAGCGAUGCGUGUGCAGAAUGACCAGUCGGCUGCAAAGCGAGAGUUUGAUACCCCAGCGUCAUCCGCGGAUGCGCGCGGACCUAUUGAUACCCCACAGAAAAAAACAGAAGCGACCCGUGAGACCAGUGUGCCGGAGGAGCCGGUGCGUGAGGCUGCACCGGAACCUGCGGCGCCAGCGCCGCUUGUUGAAGCGAAAGUGCCUGAAAAACAACCCAAGCGUGCCGUCAAGGCCGCAGAAAAAGAAGCGCGCGCACAAGCGCUGAAAAGGCAGCCAGAGCGCGAGACUGAGCAUGAAACGCAUGACGCGUUUCAGAGUGCGCCUGCAGAGACUCCGCAUAAGCCAGAGCCCAAGGUUGCGCCUUGGGCUGCGUCUCCAGAUGGCGCCACACACCCAAAAAACGCCCCGAGUCUCCGCGAAAUUAUGGAGGCCGGGGAGCGUGAGCGUGCUGCUCGGAUUGCAACAGAAAAAGCGGGUGCUUCUGCUCGUCUUGCGCAAGGAAUGCAGUCACAGACGCCGCCGCCCACGAUUCCUGCGGCCAGCUCGCCUUUUAACGCACCCUCCUGGAAUGUGCUUGUCAAGGCCGCAGCGCCGAAAUCCCUCGCUCAAAUCCAGCGCGAGGAGGCGGCGCUUGCCCAGCGUGCCAAGGCAGCACAAGCGCCACGCACUGCCGCCUAUAGCAGCUCAGCAGCGCGCGGUGCAGACUCUGUGCGUGUGCACAACGAACCAUGGGCAAAGGUAGGUGCGCACGGCAAAGUCACUACUGCACCGCCGAUCAAGGUUGUGCACAAGACCAUGGCUGAGACUCCAGCACCAGCGCCAGUGCCAGCGCGAGUGCCAGCGCCAGCGCCAGCAUCAGUGCCACAGACAUGGGAAGGCGAUGGAUGGAUGACAAAGAAGAGCAAAGGGCAGGCGCGCCGCGAUGCAUUGAGCACAAUGAACGACGCAAUUCCACGCCCCACUGGAUCUGCGGCGGGAAAUAUAGUUGCGCGCGAACAAGCCUCGUCUUCCAAGCCACUCCCUCCGAGUCCCGAGUUUUUGCACUUUUGCCGCGAGCAGCUGCAAGGACUGAGCGCAAACAUUGACGACUUUAUCGACAUGCUCUUGUCUUUUCCGCUCAAUUCGACACCGGACGUGGAAGAGAUUAUUGCAGAGACCGUGUAUGCAAGCAGCAGCACGCUCGACGGCAGACGCUUUGCCGCGACAUUUCUGAAGCGCCGCAAGGAAGAUGCGUUCCGUGCAGUGGCCGUGUAA